AUGGGGUUGGAUUGGUUUGGAUCAAUGGACUCGAAGUAUACCUACGGAUGGCAGAGAGCCGAGAUUUUGGGUGCUCUGGUCAACGGAGUGUUUUUGGUAGCUCUGUGUUUGUCUAUCUUUUUAGAGGCUAUCCAAAGACUGAUUGACCCACCCACCAUUUUGAACCCCAAGUUGAUUUUGAUUGUUGGUAGUGCUGGUUUGGCGUCGAAUAUCAUUGGUUUGUUUUUGUUCCAUGAACAUGGACACGGACAUAGCCAUGGUGGACAUGACCAUGGUCAUAGCCACGGACACAGCCACGGUUUUGAUGAGGAAGAGCAUGUUCAUAACGAUGGUCACAAUCAUGGUAGCCAUAAUCAUAGUCACGGUCAUUACCAUUCGGACGACGAGUCAUCUUCGGAGGGUGGAAAUAUUGCCGACAAUUUACCUGAGAACGCAGUUGACCGAAUUGCUAAUGAACGUACCACAUUAUUAGGCGACAACCAGCCCAAAUCGCUGACAGCCUCGUCUUCAUACUGUACAUUAAGAGUACCUACUCCCGGACAUAACCGUACUGGGUCAAAUAUUUCCGAGACUCAUGUCAACCAUUUCCACAACCAAUCGAAAACAUCUGCUCCUUCAAAGUCUUUGAAUAUGGAGGGGGUGUUCUUGCAUGUACUUGGUGAUGCUCUUGGUAACAUUGGUGUUAUUUUGACUGCCGUGUUUAUCUGGAAGACCGAUUACUGGUGGAGAUUUUAUGCGGAUCCUAUUAUUUCGCUUGUCAUCACCGCCAUUAUCUUUUCGUCAGCACUUCCAUUGUGUCGCAAGUCCUCGUCUAUUCUGCUUCAAGGAGUACCUCAAUCAAUCAACGCUGCCGAGGUCCGAUCCGAUCUUGAGUCAUUGACUGGCGUCGAGGAGAUCCACGACUUCCACAUCUGGAUCCUUAAAGAAGACCUAUUUAUUUCCACCCUGCACGUGUCGGUUGCCAUUGAUGAGGAGGAGUUCAUGGUCCUUGCCCAGAAAAUCCGCACCUGUCUCAACGGCCACGGCAUCAACUCCAUCACCGUCCAGCCCGAGUUCCUACCUCGAGUGCGACGUCCCUCCUCCGAGGCCAACACCCCUCUGUGCGCUGCCUCCGGAAACGAGAUCUGCGGACCAUAG